UCGUGUCCACAUUGCGAUCGACACGGGGGCACGUGACAUGCGGCAGGACCCGGUUGCCGUGUCAGAGGAGGAGAUGGGAGAUCCUUCCAACGAGACGCAGCGCGACCUGGUUCGUGCAGAGGAGCUAGCCUCCAACACUGAUGUGAUAGUGACGGAGGAGGAUACAGGGUUCAGGAUCACUCAUCCCCGGUCGCCAGCGCCGGUUGUUGGCACAGAGGAGGAGACGGAGUUCGGAGGACCCGGUCCACUCCGCCAGGCGCAGACUCGGUGCACUCCAGCAGGCGCCCCAGUCCACUCCACAAGAGCGGGUUUGGAGGACGGCGAGGCACGAUGUGAGCCGCCUCCUCACACGAGUGACGGCGGUCUAGAGGAGGGAGAGGUUGCACCCACUCCCACUUGUGGAAAGGACGGGGAGGAMGAACGUCCUCCGACGGAYCACCACGUCGGCCUCGACUGCCCCCCCGACAGUCUUCCGCCCACCGACGAGCUAUUCACCAUGGAUUCUGCCUUGGCAUCUCUGCCCGAUAUAUCGCUACUGAUAUCUCCCACUUUGUCGGUUGUGGCACCACCGGAGCCUGCUAGACGAGAUGACGCGCGUCGUGACAGAGGGUUCGACGAGUUCGGCGGCGACACGAUACUGCAUCCUCCAGAGUCCGGCACUCCCGCCAUUUUUCAUGUCGGUGCACCGUGGGCGGUGGAGCAGGGGUUGGCGGAGGAGGUAGCACGGAACCGUCGUGGCGGACCGCACGUCGCAGCUCAACGUAGUCUGGAAGGUUGACUACAGGCAGCGUCUGGAGAUUUUUUGGCGCAGGGGGGUCAUGGUUCACAGCUGUUAUCGGACGGCGUGUCAUCAGUCCAUCCACCAGAGGAGGGCCCGCAGCAAGAGCCAC